AUGGCUGCUCUAGAAGCAAGCAAGACGGUGGACAUCAACUGUGCGGAUAUGGACAUCGAGUAUCUCUACCUCGACUUUGACACCGAGUUGCCGGGAGUAUGGGAUACAACGCCCGGAGGAGCAGCUCCGCCCGAGUGCCCCAACCUCACGAAAUAUACAUCGCCUUUCCUCUGGUCAAAGACUCGCAAGUUGCUCAUCACAUGGCUGGCCUGCGGUGUCACUUUGCUGGCUGCCUUUGCCGCGGGUGAGUAUACGCCGCCGUCGGCUCAGUUGCUCUCGGUAUGGCACGUGAGCCAGGUGGCUUUCAAUGUCGGCGUCACCAGUUUCACGACGGGGUUUGCCAUUGCGCCGAUGGUUCUGGCUCCGUUCUCGGAGAUCAAUGGUCGUCGACCGGUGUUUAUCGCCAGUGGCAUUCUCUUCACGGGCUGCACCUUUGCCUGUGGUGGUGCGAAUUCUCUCGGCGGCAUGAUAGUUGCUCGGUUCUUCCAAGGCGUGGGCGGGUCGACGUAUUCGACAAUGGUUGGCGGAGUCAUCAGUGACAUCUACCAUGCCGAGAACCGCAAUACUCCCAUGGCACUAUUUGCCGGGGCUGCGUUGUUUGGCACCGGCCUGGGACCGCUCAUUUCCAGCAAUAUCGUCUCGCACACCACAUGGCGAUGGGUGUAUUGGUCACACGGCAUUGUCAGCGGUGCCUUUGUGGUCAUUAUGUAUUUCUGUCUGAGCGAGACACGCGGAAGUAUUCUUUUGAGUCGCAAGGCGCACGCACUCAACAAAUGGUACGAGAGUCUUGAAGCAGUUGGCUAUCAAGGGCUGGUAUUCCCAUCGCAAGUCCGGCCAGAGAAACGGCAGGUUCGUCGUAUUCGCUGGAAAGUGAAGGCCGAUGAAGAACGCGAAUCUAUUAUCAAGUUGAUUAGCAUUUCGUGCUACCGCCCAUUCCACCUGUUGGUCACGGAGCCUGUCGUGUUUUUCUUUUCUCUAUGGAUAUCAUUCAGUUGGGCCGUGCUCUAUCUGCAGCUCGAUUCUAUCCCGCUUGUCAUGGAAACCAACCAUGGCUUUAACGUUGCCCAGGCCGGUGAUGUUUUUACAGCAAUCUCUGCCGGCGCCAUUCUAGCCACCCUUCUCAGCAUCUACCAGGAGAAAGUCGCCAUUCGCUUCGGCAAAAUGUCGAGCACUCCGGAAGGUCGUCUGUAUUUUGCUUGCAUUGAAUCCAUCCUCAUGCCCGUGGGCAUGUUCUGGUUUGGCUGGACUUCGUUUUCGUCGAUUCCAUGGAUUGUGCCUUCGCUUGCCGUGGCGUGUGCCACCAUGGGCAUCUUUUCGGUCUAUCUGGCCGUCUUCAACUAUCUGGCCGAUACUUAUCAUCGAUAUGCCAGCUCUGCGCUUGCGGCGCAGUCUUUUUGCCGGAAUCUUCUCGGAGGCGUCUUCCCGCUGGUCACUAAUGCCAUGUUCAACAAUCUCGGGUUUCCAGGAGCGUCGAGUCUGUUGGGCGGAAUUGGCGCGGUGUUGACGCUUGUGCCGUGGGUGCUGGUGUUCUACGGGCCGAGAAUCCGGGCUCGAAGCAAAUUCGCUAGUGAAUUAAUGCAUCAAUAA